UUGUAUUAUUCCAUAGUAUGCAGGGCAUUGGUACAUAAAUACUUUAUACUUUCGUAUAAGUGUUGCGAAUACGAACGACAGUUUUAGCCUUAACAUUCCCAACUACAGUUUUUAGUUAAAAAUUGCCGCUGCAUUAAACGGCCCUGAAGUACUCAUAGUGUGGGUAACAAGUGGCUGUUCUGUUCUCAAUCGCUUCGCGGAACACAAAUCGUUCAGAGAACGAUGCUGCUUUAACAUGCAUUUUAAAGCACUUUGACUCGGAUAGGAAUGUAUUAUUUGCUUUCAUUUUUCUCUUAAAUCGAAGGAGAUGGACCCAGAAAACAUAGGUAAAGACACGUUUAUAAAAGUAACGGGCUGGAUACGCGGAAUUUGGGAAAUGAGGCGACGAAAUGGUCCAGUUCAACAGUGGGUUGAUUCUAUACCAUCGCCCAUAAAAUCAAAUAUGUCGCUAGCAGAUGAACACCAUGAAGUAUUGACUGAAAUAGUUGAUACUCCAUUGAUGCCGACAGAGCCUAAAGACAUACCACAUUAUUUGGGAACAAAACUCCCAACUAUGACUGUCUCAGCACCUAUUAAUGUUCCUACUACAUCAGCAAUUAAUACAACUAAUACAUCCGGCCUACCUAGCUCAUUACCUCAUAGACUUGUACGUGAUCCAAGUCUGCAGUCUGAUAGUAGUCACUGUAGUAGCGUGGAAAGCUUGUUAGAAUUGAGAAAGGCUGAUCCAGAAGCAAUAUUACUUGGUCUUGGAUUUGGUGGUUGUCCAAACAGCCCUCAAGACAAUGGUUCUCUUUCGCGUAUACCAAAAAGAUUUUUGCAGCCUUCAAAGUUAAAAGGCAUAGCUAUUAAUGAUUUUAUGAAACACCAACAAGAAACAACUGAAUCUAUUGACUCGGUAUCCUUAGGAUAUAGAGGAUUAACUGGUUCACCAUACGUAGCACCAUCAGAAAUUGUUCAAAAAAUUAUGCAACGUUUACGAGAACAUGAAAGUCAUGAAAUUGAUCCAUAUGCAAUGUAUAAUUCUUAUGAGCAAUAUAGUCCACUGCAACACAGUGGCACACUUUCUGUACUAUCCCCUGAUAAUAGACAAUUUUUAGAACGUCCACGUUCGAAAAGUCCUGAUAUGCGUAAUAAACGUAUGAUCAUUGGACAAAAGUCCUUUGCAUUUGGACACGACGGUGACUUAAUUGAAAUUAAUCCUUCCGAUAUAAAAGAAUCAACGGAAUAUAACGAAAACAAUGAUUCAAAUGUCAUAGAAAGUUCUAAAAGUCAGGAAACAAACGACAUUUUGCCAAAGAAAUUAUUGUUCGACGAUAGCACAGAAUUUUCUGAUACCGAGAUUAAUUUUCCACUGGAAACAUGUAAAGAGAAUUCCAAUAAACAAAAUACAUGUUUAGAUGAAAAUAUUCAUCUUAAAGCAGAAAAUUCUGUCAAUACAAAUUCACAAAAUUUACCCGAUAUUCGAAGAGCUAGCGAUGGGUCUUGUGAUGUGAAAGUUGGGGUGAAUUUAUCGAUAGCGCAAGGACGAAGACACAGCGAUAGUUUUGUUCAAACUAAUGGCAGUGAAUCCAUUUUAUCACAGAGAAGGAAAACCUUCAAGCGACAAACUAGAAUAUCUGAUAUGGAUACGAUAAGUUAUUAUAAUUCGAAAACAUCUAUACCUGAUAUAACGCAAUGUAAAGAUAGCUUGCACAAAAAAGUAGAAAUCGGCGAACACAGUACAAGUAUUCGAGUUAAUUCUCUCGAAAAAAUCGCUGAAAACGUGGCAUUAAAUACUGAAGAUGAAAGUUAUGGUGCAAAAUGUUCAAAUACAUUUUCUGAAAAAACGGACGAUAGUUUAGUUAAAGAGAAACAGAAUAACGAUAAAUGUUACAUCGAGAAAAAUCAAUCUGUGGAACAACCGUGUGAGGACGAAGGGGAAAGUACGAGUUCUUGUUGUUGUCGUCCUGGUACUACGAAAUAUUGGAACAAAGUGGACAAAAUUAUUAAAAAAAAUAAAAAUCUAGAAAACAUGGUAGUAAAAAACAGACGAGAAAUGGCAGAAAUUCGAGAAAUGCUAAGCAACGUACUGUCCGUACGAUUGGAGCCUGGUUUUUAAUAUAGAUGAAUAAAACUAAAUAAAAAAAAAAA